GUGGUUUAGCCAGAACUGGAAGGGCCCUGCCCCAUGAUGGGCUAGGAAGAGCCUGAUUGUUGCCCCAGCAGCGUUCAGGAUGAACCCCAGGUGUUCUGGAGCGAGAUGGUGAAAGCCGGCAGCCCUCAUCCUCCCCGCACAGCCCUGCCUGUCCCGGCCCCAUGCCCCCGCCAGCCAGCCCCGGGCCACACGCAGUGAGCAGGUACGCGACAGCCGAGGCCCUGUGACCAGGCCAAGGAGACGGGGGCUCCGGGGUCCCGGACACCUGUCCCCCCCCAUGGAGCUGAGGCCCUGGUUGCUAUGGGUGGUAGCAGCAGCAGGAGCCUUGGUCCUGCCGGUGGCCGAUGCCCGUGGCCAGAAGGUCUUCACUAAUACCUGGGCCGUGCGCAUUCCUGGAGGCCCAGCCGUGGCUGACAGUGUGGCACACAAGCAUGGCUUCCUCAAUCUGGGCCAGGGGCAUCUGGGUAGGAAGCGUGUUCUGGCCAGGGAUGAGAGCCGUGUUUUGUCCUGCCCUUGGGCUUCUAGCUCAGUGGACCAGCAUAUCCCAGGGAGGAUCUUCGGCGACUAUUACCACUUCUGGCAUCGAGCAGUGACAAAGCGGUCCCUAUCACCUCACCACCCGCGGCACAGCCGGCUGCAGCGGGAGCCUCGAGUAGAGUGGCUGGAGCAGCAGGUGGCAAAGCGACGGACCAAACGGGACAUAUACCAGGAGCCCACGGACCCCAAGUUUCCCCAGCAGUGGUACCUGUCUGGCAUCACCCAGCGGGACCUGAACGUGAAGGACGCCUGGGCCCAGGGCUACACGGGGCGUGGCAUUGUGGUCUCCAUUCUGGACGAUGGCAUUGAGAAGAACCACCCGGACUUGGCAGGCAAUUAUGAUCCUGGGGCCAGCUUCGAUGUCAACGACCAGGACCCUGACCCCCAGCCCCGGUACACACAGAUGAAUGACAACAGGCAUGGCACACGGUGUGCGGGUGAGGUGGCCGCAGUGGCCAACAACGGUGUCUGUGGCGUUGGCGUGGCCUACAAUGCCCGCAUUGGAGGGGUGCGCAUGCUGGAUGGCGAAGUGACAGAUGCAGUGGAGGCACGCUCACUGGGACUGAACCCCAACCACAUCCACAUCUACAGUGCCAGCUGGGGCCCCGAGGAUGAUGGCAAGACCGUGGAUGGGCCAGCCCGUCUUGCUGAAGAGGCCUUCUUCCGGGGGGUCAGCCAGGGCCGUGGGGGGCUGGGAUCCAUCUUUGUCUGGGCCUCAGGAAAUGGGGGUCGGGAGCACGACAGCUGCAACUGCGACGGCUACACCAACAGCAUCUACACGCUGUCCAUCAGCAGCGCCACGCAGUUCGGCAACGUGCCCUGGUACAGUGAGGCCUGCUCGUCCACACUGGCCACGACCUAUAGCAGUGGCAACCAGAACGAGAAGCAGAUUGUGACCACUGAUCUGCGGCAGAAGUGUACAGAGUCUCACACAGGCACCUCAGCCUCAGCCCCCUUGGCAGCUGGCAUCAUCGCUCUCACUCUGGAGGCCAAUAAGAACCUCACCUGGCGGGACAUGCAGCACCUGGUGGUACAGACCUCAAAGCCAGCCCAUCUCAAUGCUAACGACUGGGCCACCAAUGGUGUAGGCCGCAAAGUGAGCCAUUCGUAUGGCUACGGGUUGUUGGAUGCAGGUGCCAUGGUGGCCCUGGCCCAGAACUGGACGACAGUGGCCCCCCAGCGGAAGUGCAUCAUCGACAUCCUCACUGAGCCCAAGGACAUUGGGAAGAGACUGGAGGUGCGGAAGACCGUGACUGCCUGCCUCGGGGAGCCCAGCCAUAUCACACGGCUGGAGCAUGCUCAGGCGCGGCUCACCCUGUCCUACAAUCGCCGCGGUGACCUGGCCAUCCAUCUGGUCAGCCCCAUGGGCACCCGCUCCACCCUGCUGGCCGCCAGGCCACAUGACUACUCUGCAGAUGGGUUUAAUGACUGGGCUUUCAUGACAACCCAUUCCUGGGAUGAGGACCCCUCUGGCGAGUGGGUCCUAGAGAUUGAAAACACCAGCGAAGCCAACAACUACGGGACGCUGACCAAAUUCACCCUCGUGCUGUACGGCACGGCCUCUGAGGGGCUGCCCACACCUCCCGAGAGCAUCGGCUGCAAGACCCUCACAUCCGGCCAGGCCUGUGUGGUGUGCGAGGAAGGCUUCUCCCUGCACCAGAAGAACUGUGUCCAGCACUGCCCUCCAGGCUUCGCUCCCCAAGUUCUCGACACACAUUAUAGCACUGAGAACGACGUGGAGACCAUCCGGGCCAGCGUCUGUGCUCCCUGCCACGCCUCGUGUGCCACAUGCCAGGGGCCAGCCCCCACAGACUGCCUCAGCUGCCCCAGCCACGCCUCCCUGGACCCUGUGGAGCAGACAUGCUCCCGGCAAAGCCAGAGCAGCCGCGAGUCGCCACAGCAGCAGCCACCCCGGCCACCACCCCUGGAGGUGGAAACAGAGCCGCGGCUGCGGGCGGGGCUGCUGCCCUCGCACCUGCCCGAGGUGGUGGCCGGCCUCAGCUGCGCCUUCAUCGUGCUGGUCUUCGUCACUGUCUUCCUGGUCCUGCAGCUGCGCUCGGGCUUCAGCUUCCGAGGGGUGAAAGUGUACACCAUGGACCGUGGCCUCAUCUCCUACAAGGGGCUGCCGCCCGAAGCCUGGCAGGAGGAGUGCCCAUCCGACUCAGAAGAGGACGAGGGCCGGGGCGAGAGGACCGCCUUUAUCAAAGACCAGAGCGCCCUUUGACGAGCGCCUACUGCCCGCCCCUUCGAGCCCAUCCCCUCCUUGGGCACUUUUUAAUUCACCAAAGUAUUUUUUUAUCUUGGGACUGGGUUUGGACCCCAGCUGGGAGGCAAGAGGGGUAGAGGUGGCUUCCCAUCUUGGGCCACCUGACUGCCUAGGGUGGGACCCCAGGACCAGCUAUGGGGGCAGGGGAGGACCUCUCCCCACUGUUAGCACCCCUCCAUGUGGAGAAAGGAGUGAAACCUUUAGGGCAGCUUUCCAAGGUCCAGGCCCUAGCCAGAGGUCCCUGCAGAGUGAAGAGGGGCAGCCCUUCCCUCACAAGAUCCCUGACCUGGGCUGCAGCUCUUGCCCCUUCCCUGUCCCUCUAAAGCAAUAAUGGUCCCCAUCCAGGCAGCAGGGAGGCUGGCCUAGUGGGUAUUUGAAGCAGGAGGCCACCUCUCCAAGGGCUUUUGCAUCCCUGACCCUGUCCCCAACCUCUCUGGUGAGCCUUGGGCGGAAGCAGUGAGUGUAGGAAGGGACCAAGGCAAGGCAGGUACUUCUAGGGUGCGCACAUGUGCACAUGUAUGUCCCUUUGCCCAUCUCCACUACAGUUGGCUGCCUGCUGAGCGAGGCUGGCCCGGCCCCAUGCUGGUGUCCUGACCACCCUCCCCCUCUCUGGCACCCUCCCCUCCCGCCAGGGCCCAAGUCCCUGUUUUCUGAGCCCGGGGCUACCUGGGCUGUUGGCACUCACAGUCCCGGAGCCCCUGGGUGGGUGGUGGGGAGGGACGGUGGCCCAGCCGGCCUCUCCCGCCUCCCACCCGAUGCUGCUUUCCCCUGUGGGGAUCUCAGGGGCUGUUUGAGGAUAUAUUUUCACUUUGUGAUUAUUUCACUUUAGAUGCUGGUGGGUUUUUUGUUUUUUGGGGGGUUUUUUUUUUUUUGUAUUUUUAAUGGGGGUAGCAGCUGGACCAUCACCUUCCCACACCCACUGUCCACCCUGCUGUUCCCCCGGCUGUCCUGGCCCUGUGGUGUGGGGGGCUGCAACGUGUUGCUGAGUGAGGAGUAGGUGAGCCCCACAUCCUGAGGCAGGCCAGGCCAGGCGGGCCCCAGGAAAGGAAGAUCAUGGUGGGAGGGGCAGGCUGUCAUCCGUUUCAGAUGGGGCUCGUAGUGCCAAGGGCUCAUGGGUCACUGGUUCUCCAAAUGCCAGGGGUGAGCAGGCGGUGGUGUUGAGCCCCCUCUAACACUGUGCCCUGGUGGAGAAAGCACUGACCCAUCCUGCCCCCCAAGUCCCUCUCUUCUGACGUGCCUUUCACACCCCUCCCGUUAGGACAAUCAGUCCCUUCCCAUUUGGGAGCCCCCUUUUCUUUCUCUCCCCCAGCCCCUCUUGGCACCCAGCCACCUGCCCAGGGGUGCCCCCUCCUCUCCUAUCCCCCCUACCCUUGUGGCCAGCCCAGCUGGUUUUGUAGGAUACUGGGUUGGUGCACAGUGAUUUUUUUUUUCCCUUGUAAUUUAAACAGGCCCAGCAUUGUUGGUUCUAUUUAAUGGACACGAGAUAAUGUUAGAGGUUUUAAAGUGAUUAAACGUGCAGACUAUGCAAACCAGG